AAGCGUUGGCUAGGUUUACGGAGACAUGUCCACAUCCCUUUUGUGGAUCCUAGUUUCAGUUUCGGCUGAUUUUCUCGCUGGACUCUGUAGACAGGGUCUCUUCCUCUUCAGCUGGUGAAAUGAACAUGAGAAGAAGCUCUGAGUGGUUGGAAAUCCGUCUUAGCAUUUUUGUUGGAUUCCGCGCGUGUGGGUGGUGACGCCGUGUGCCAAAAAGGAUCAUCCGCAGAAAAGUGAUUGCCGUCCGAGGGAGCGCGCGCCGUAUACAAGGAAAUUGGGCAUUAGGCACAACACCUGUUCCUCCGGAACGCAGGACCGGCUCUUUUCACAAGCUGCUGAUUGGUUCUGUGGGGAACUCUCCUUCUGGACAAGAACAGAGGGUCAAACACUGGAAGAGUGGUGUCCUCUCCACGUUUGAUGGCAGCACAUAACGCUCACAUGCAGAGAUAAACCUGCCAGGCACAAUUUAAUCUACACAGACAUGUCUGGUACAAACCUUGCGAUUUUCCUUCUAUGUGCACCCAUCAUGGGUCAGACAACUGUGCUGCUCAAUGCCCCUGUUGGAGGCUCUGUCCUGAUUCACUGUUACCUACCAGUUCAUCCACUGAAUCUCAGAUGGUUUUACUGGCAGGAGGACCGGUCUGACAACAUUUUGUUCCACUGGGACGCCAUUGGAAAAACAUCUCCAAUAGCUGAUGAAUACAGGAACAGGUGUCACCUCUUCAAUACUGAGUUUACUUCUGGAAAUAUUUCCAUUACACUUGACAAUGUUGUUGUUGGGGAUGACCAGAAAACCUUCUGGGCAUAUGUUAGUUAUGAUAAGCAGAAAAUACAGUCUGAACAAUGGUGCAAAUCUACAUUGCAGGUUUCAGCUCCCUAUCAAGAUCUCAUCCUGACAGUUAACAAGACAGCAAGCAGUGCAACCUGCACAGCACAUGGAGGAUACCCUGAACCUCAAGUGUCAUGGUCAGGUCUAAACAAAUCCAGUGCUACACAGCUGGACUUGCAGGGUGCUGAGACGUCCCUGCAGCAGGAUCCAACAGAGAAAACCUUCUCUGUCAUAACCAGUGUCAGUGUGAAGGAGUUGCAGUCUGUAACCUGCCUCAUCUACAACCCUCACUCCAACGAGAGUCUGAAGAAAACCACAGAUAUUGAGGCUCCUGGUGAGGAUCAGCAGAGGAACCGUUAUGGUUUACUUGUUCUUGUACUUGUACUUGUAAUUGUACUUGUAGUAACUUGUUGGUGCAGAGAAUGGCCCACAGUAAACCCACCCCAGCAGCAAUGAAUGUGUCUGAGGAGAUUGUUUGAGAUUCCACCUGUGGAUGGUUCUGCAGACUGAGUGACGAAUGAGGACACUACUGCUGAUGAUGUUGCUGCAGAACAGGAAAUACUACUGUUCAGCGACAGCAAGAACAAUGUUGAUGAAACAAACACCUAAUGAAGUGUCACGGACAAAUAAGAGUCACCAGAAUGAAUCAAGCCUGGGAUCAGAACUGUUGCUGUUUGGUCUGGUGGGUUUGAGCAGGUGAAAAAGCUGUUUGUAAAUCUCUGGUACUGAUUAAACAACCCGACCGAAACUGCCUGACAAGGUCCACAUCCAAGCAGACUGGAUCUGUAGAAGGUAUUUAUAUAUUUAUGUAUUUCAUUUGGUAACCAUGGAAACACAUUGACAUAUUAACAUGUGACUGCUGGGAUUUUCUGCAUUCUACUGACAGUUCAUGAAGUCCAUUUAAAAGUGUGUGACAUAGUGGUUCCACAGUGAUUCCUCUGAUAUAUUCCUGUACCAGAUGCCUCCUUUUCAUUCUGUAUCUGUCUGCUUUUCAUCAUUCAACAUCAGAUAAUGCAUUGCUGCUUCCUAUGUUUAUAUUGAUCUCUGGUGUCAAAUAUUUCAUGGAGAAAUAACUAAUAAGCAUUAAUAGAGUGCAAAACAAUGGAUGAGACUGCUUAAUACACACAAACUAACUCUCUUUCACACCUGUAGUUUCAUUUGGUCUAGACAAGGAAAAAAAGUUUGUUGUCAUUUUGUUCUAGCCCAGUUUGUGUUCACACUGACUUUUUCUAAACCAAGAGAAGUAAAUGAUGUCAUCCCGAAUCAUCACUGCUACGUGGACCCAUGUGGCGAGGUGAUAAUCCAGUGACCAAUGUCUGGAGGUGUGUGUGUGUGUACAGUAUGUGUGCACACUUUACAGCCCCCCUGCACUCACACCCACCUCAAUUAAUACACACACACACACACGCACAAUGAUUUAUGUGUAAAGUACAGUACACAUUCAUGCUGUAUGUCCAUAAAUAAAGUUUUUAAUCUCG